GUGGCCGAGCAGCCCUAGGCGCCGGGGGCACGCUUGUAUAUAUACCCCUGCCCGCGCUCGUGUGCGUCAUUAUCUCUUACAUCGACCCCAUAACUGUCGAAUUGUAAGACUCGUAUCGAGGACCUUCUCCGACCCUCUUGCGCGACUAAUCAUAAAAAAUGCGUGAGUGUAUCUCCAUCCACGUUGGUCAGGCCGGUGUCCAGAUCGGUAACGCCUGCUGGGAGCUUUACUGCCUGGAACAUGGGAUCCAGCCGGACGGACAGAUGCCCAGUGACAAGACCAUCGGAGGAGGCGAUGAUUCCUUCAACACCUUCUUCAGUGAGACCGGAGCAGGAAAGCACGUCCCCAGAGCUGUUUUUGUGGACCUGGAGCCCACUGUCAUUGAUGAGGUGCGCACUGGGACCUACCGCCAGCUUUUUCACCCUGAGCAGCUGAUCACUGGUAAGGAGGACGCUGCCAACAACUAUGCUCGUGGACACUACACCAUUGGCAAAGAGAUCAUUGAUCUGGUUCUGGACAGGAUCCGCAAACUGGUGGGUCAUUUGUUGCUUGGAGGAGGUGGUUCUUUAAAGUCCAUGAUUGUAUGUGGUGUUUUCUCACUGCCUCCAUUCUGUCCCCAGGCUGACCAGUGCACUGGGCUUCAGGGUUUCCUGGUGUUCCACAGCUUCGGAGGUGGCACCGGCUCUGGCUUCACUUCUCUGCUGAUGGAGCGUCUGUCUGUGGACUAUGGCAAAAAGUCCAAGCUAGAGUUCUCCAUCUACCCAGCUCCACAGGUGUCCACUGCUGUGGUGGAGCCCUACAACUCCAUCCUGACCACCCACACCACCCUGGAGCACUCUGACUGUGCCUUCAUGGUAGAUAAUGAGGCCAUCUACGAUAUCUGCCGUAGGAACCUCGACAUCGAGCGUCCUACCUACACCAACCUCAACAGGCUGAUCGGUCAAAUUGUCUCUUCCAUCACUGCUUCCCUCCGUUUUGAUGGUGCCCUCAAUGUUGAUCUGACAGAGUUCCAGACCAACUUGGUGCCAUAUCCCCGUAUCCACUUCCCUCUGGCCACCUACGCCCCAGUCAUCUCUGCUGAGAAAGCUUACCAUGAGCAGCUGUCAGUGGCUGAGAUCACCAAUGCCUGCUUUGAGCCAGCCAAUCAGAUGGUGAAAUGUGACCCUCGCCACGGCAAGUACAUGGCCUGCUGUCUUCUGUACCGUGGUGAUGUGGUGCCCAAAGAUGUGAACGCUGCCAUUGCCACCAUCAAGACCAAGCGCACCAUCCAGUUUGUGGACUGGUGCCCCACUGGCUUCAAGGUGGGCAUCAACUACCAGCCCCCCACCGUAGUUCCUGGUGGAGACCUGGCCAAGGUCCAGAGGGCUGUGUGCAUGCUGAGCAACACCACUGCUAUUGCAGAGGCCUGGGCCCGGCUUGACCACAAGUUUGAUCUGAUGUAUGCUAAGCGUGCCUUUGUCCACUGGUAUGUGGGUGAGGGUAUGGAGGAGGGAGAGUUCUCUGAGGCCAGAGAGGACAUGGCAGCUCUGGAGAAGGAUUACGAGGAGGUGGGGGUCGACUCCAUUGAGGGUGAGGGAGAGGAGGAAGGAGAAGAGUAUUAAAAAGGGACGUAAAGGCAUUAAACAGGAAAUAAUUGAUUCCAUUCCUAAAUACAUUCCAAAAAUGUUUGCCUAUCAUAAUUUGGCUGGUCAGAAAAAAUAUCAAAUAUGGAUGUUAAUUUUCUGGGACACAAGGAACUAUGUAGCAGCUAGAGGGGUGUUACCAGGUUUUAGGUUGGAAGGAGAGCAGAGAAGCACGGAGAAGGGACACAAAGGAUUGAAAAAAACCUAAGCUUCAAGUGUUUUUUUUUUACAAAUUCGAAAAAUGUUUGUCUUUGGCCAAACUGACACAAUAUCCAUGUUUCUGCUCAAAAUAAAUUUCAACAUCUGAA